AUGUCGUUCGUGUUCCCCGAGCUGCCUUCGUGGCUCCUUCAUGAUACGUCUCCUCCCAUCGAAUACUCGACACAUACUAGAUCGUCUGUACCUGCUGCGCCCACCGACACAAGCUCUUUGUUUCUGAAUGACGGCUCCACGCAUAUGGCACCGGAGACGCAUUUUGAAAAAAGGUGGACGCAAGGCGCCUCUGGUAUAUCACCGUGGUCAUCGUUGCACUCACCAUAUCCGUCUACGUUGACCUCUUUUCCCACUGCGUCUCAUCUGCCUGGAUACGAGCUUGCAGCAGUCCCGUCCAUGCCAUUGGUGCCGCAUGAGCGAAACUCAUACUCGAACAUGCCAUCCAUGGAUCUUGCAUAUUCCCGGCCCUCAAAUCUGUACAAUGAAAGUAGUCGUGUGGGUCGUGCCUCUCUGCUACAACCUCAUCUUUCCGGUGCCUUUGCACCUCUCUCCAUGCCAGGUCAUGCACGGCAUCCACUUACGACUCAGCCAGUCAUGUUUGACUCCCACCAUCCUCCUUCAACAGCUCAAGUACCUCAACACCUACCCAGCACAUCCAUCUCUUCUGUAGGGUUGCGAAACAAUGCACUUUAUGCUGAUGGGUACUACCGUACGUUGUCGGAAACACCGCCACCAGUACCCAAUACGGAAGACUCUCAAUCGUCGGACAUGUCUAUCUCUUGGCUGUCCCCAUCACACGGCCCUGCCCGACAUGCCAAACUAGAGCAGGGGCAGGUCAAGCCACCGAAAAGCCGCCCAUUUGUUUGCUCGCGAUGCUCGCGCGCAUUCUCUCGGAAACAUGAUCUCGAACGACACGCGCGUGUACAUUCUGGUGAUCGACCCUACGUAUGUCGAGUGUGUAAGAAGGGCUUUCCCCGAAGCGAUGCGCUGCGGAGACAUAUCCGUGUUGAGCGUGACACGCACGAAUCUUAUUUUGCUUCCAAGACAUCUGAUGUGCUGGUCAUGUCGGAACGAGACUCCGCUUCUAUGAACGGAUAG